UAUUGAUGGGGACCAGAUUGCAAAAACACCGUGAUUUCACCAUGGAAAUCAAAAACGAAGGAGCUUGACAGCUCAUCUGAAGAAGGGAAGAAAAAGUCUUCACUUCUCGAGUGGCGGCGAGAUUUGAAUUUGAUUGAUUGAUGUCAACCACUUUUAGCCCCGGAAGCUCCCGGUUGCUGCAGCUCGGUGUUGCCGGCUCCGCCUCCCGCCUCAGAUCUUCUUCCUCCAAGAAGCCGCCUGAGCCGCUGCGCCGCGCCGUGGCGGAUUGCCUCUCGUCCUCCCCUCCUCCGGCUACCUCCCACCAUGGCUCGAUCCCUUCCAUGCCACCGUCCGAAGCUCGUAGAAAUCUCCGGGAUUAUUUAUCAGCCGCUGCCACGACUGAUCUGACCUACAACGUGCUCUUAGAGCAUACAAUUGCAGAGAGAGAUCGCAGUCCAGCUGUGGUGACGAGGUGUGUGGCAUUACUGAAACGGUAUCUCUUAAGAUAUAAACCUAGUGAGGAGACACUACUGCAGGUCGAUAGAUUUUGCGUGAACCUGAUUGCUGAGUGCGAUGCUAGCUUGAAGCAAAAAUUAUUGCCUGUUUUAUCAGCACCAUUGGGUGCUUCUCCUUUACCAGUGUCCAGCUUUGCUUCUGGAGCUUUGGUGAAGUCAUUGCAUUAUGUGCGUUCCCUUGUGGCACUACAUAUCCCCAGGCGUUCCUUUCAACCUGCAGCAUUUGCGGGAGCUACUCUAGCGUCAAGAAAGUUAUUGCCAUCUCUUUCCUCUUUGUUGAGCAAAUCAUUCGACUCCCAGUUAAGUCCUGCUGCCGCAGAGUCUCCACAGAAAAAGGAUGCUGCAGAUCUGUCUGUUUCAAACUUGUCAAAUAUAGAAGAAUUUAAUGCUCUGGAAGACAUUGAAUACAUAUCAUCAGACUUACUGAAUUGGCGUUGGGUUGGGGAGCUUCAGUUAUCAUCAGCUUCUUCCGAAAGUGAACGCCCUGUGAAUCUCCAAGACAUGAACAAUUGUAAUCUUUUGGAAGUUGGUGCUGCCGGCCUACUCGUAGGAGAUAUGGAAGCUAAAAUGAAGGGCCAACACUGGAAAUAUUUUGGUACCACAGAAAUGCCUUACUUAGAACAGCUCCUGCAGCCAGCUUCAGUCACGAUGAUAACAAAUUCAGUCUCAGCUCGCUCUCACUUGAGAGCGAUAACAGCUACCAAACGCACGAGGGCUGGCCCUCAGCAGAUCUGGGAUGAUUCCACAGUGAGCACAUUUCGUCCACGUGCCAGACCACUUUUUCAGUAUCGUCAUUACAGUGAACAACAACCACUGCGCCUAAACCCUGCCGAGGUAGGUGAGGUGAUCGCUGCUGUUUGGUCAGAGGCAUCAUCCACCCCUUCAAAUCCAAUGACCGUAUCACCCCAAUUGAAUAGCAGGACUGGGAAGACGUCGAUGGAUGUGGCUAUGAGCGUCCUGAUAAAGCUUGUUAUUGACAUGUAUGUCUUGGACGCUAGAAUUGCUGCUCCUCUUACUCUGUCCAUGCUCGAGGAAAUGCUUUGCUCCACAAAUACAGCUUGUAGGAUUCGUGUAUUUGAUUUAAUUCUUAAUUUAGGAGUUCAUGCACAAUUGUUGGAGCCAAAGAUAAGUGUUAAUGCUUCAACCAUUGAGGAAGAAUACGCCCAAGAAACAUUUAUCGACAAUGAAAAUAGGCUACUGCUUCAAGGGACAAGAACGAGAGACUUGCCUAAGAUGUCAAGCACUUCUUCAGCUAUUGAGAACUUCGAGUCUUGGAUAUUAAAAAUCUUAUUUGAAAUACUCCUUGUCCUAGUUCAGGUUGAGGAAAAGGAAGAAUCCGUUUGGGCAUCUGCUCUCAGCUGUUUGUUAUAUUUUGUCUGUGAUAGAGGGAAAAUAAGGAGAAAGCAGCUAAGUGGUCUUGACAUAAGGGUUAUUAAAGCUCUUCUGGGAACUAGCAAAAGGAAUUCUUGGUCAGAAGUUGUUCAUUCCAAGCUUAUUUGUAUCAUGACAAAUAUGUUUUAUCGAUCUCCAGAGCUAGAUGGUUCUAUCAAAGCAACGUCAAGUGCCUCAAGUUUUCUUAUAGAACAGGUCGAUCUGAUUGGUGGCGUGGAGUUCAUUCUCUAUAAGUACUCUUUAGCAACCACUAGAGAGGAAAGAAGAAAUCUCUACUCGGUUUUAUUUGACUAUGUUCUGCAUCAAAUUAAUGAGGCAUGCGCAGCUGCUGGUCUUUCUGAGUACACUGAUGAUGAGAUUCAACCAUUGGCUGUUCAGCUUGCUCUUGCUGAUGCACCUGAAGCUUUCUACAUUUCUAUUAAGCUUGGUGUUGAAGGCAUAGGGGAAAUCCUGCGAAGAUCAAUUGCUGCUUCAUUGUCUGGGUUUAGCAAUAGCGAACGUCUAAACCAGCUUUUGGCAAAUAUAACAGAAAAAUUUGACACGAUAGUAGCUUCGUUUACUCACUUGGACAAAGAGUUUCUGCAUCUCAGACAGAUAACCAAGUCGUCCAAGUACAUGGAAACCAUUCAAGAGUUAAGAAAUGAUAUAAGCAUGUCAGUGAAUCUAGCUUGGGCUACUUUGCACUCUCUUCUUCAUUCAGAAAGAGCCACAAAUCGUCAAAAUGGAUAUAUCUGGUUGGGGGAUCUUCUGAUUGCGGAAGUUAGUGAAGAGAGUGGUGGAAGUAUAUGGCUGAGCAUAAAAGACCUGCAGCAAAAGAUUGCCAAUUGUGGUGCCUCCGACUCUCUAAUUACUUCUGAUAUACCUAUUUCCGUACAUCUUCUGUGUGGACUCUUGAAGUCAAAGAACAGUGUUAUCAGAUGGGGUUUUCUGUUCAUACUGGAGAGGCUUCUUAUGCGUUCCAAGUUCUUACUAGAUGAGAAUGAGACACAGCGAUCAACUGUUGGAAGUGCUAGUCAGGAUCAGAAAGACACACGACUAGAGAAAGCAAAUGCUGUUAUAGACAUAAUGAGCAGCGCUUUGUCUUUGAUGGCACAAAUAAAUGAAACUGACCGGCUUAAUAUCUUAAAGAUGUGUGACAUUCUUUUCUCGCAAUUGUGCUUGAAAGUUUUGUCUACUGAUGAGGAAGCAGUCCCCAGUUCUGCUGAGAGGAAUAACAAAUUUGAUACAUCCCAUCGUAACAGCUAUAAAGAGAGUAUGGAUGAUGCUGACACCAGGCCUCGGUACAACAAUGUCUCUGUUUUAACGUGCGAGACAGCGUCAAUGGCAGCAAUGCUUCUUCGUGGACAAGCCAUCGUCCCUAUGCAGCUGGUUGCGCGUGUUCCAGCGGCUUUGUUUUAUUGGCCCUUGAUUCAACUAGCAGGUGCAGCAACUGACAACAUUGCACUUGGUGUCGCAGUUGGAAGCAAAGGAAGAGGGAAUAUCCCAGGGGCAACCUCUGAUAUUCGAGCCACCCUGCUAUUACUUCUGAUCGGUAAAUGCACGGCAGAUACAGUUGCUUUUCAAGAAGUUGGUGGAGAGGAGUUCUUCAGGGAACUCCUGGAUGAUACUGACUCAAGGGUGGCUUAUUACUCUUCAGCAUUUCUCCUAAAGAGGAUGAUGACGGAGGAACCAGAGAAAUACCAAAACAUGCUUCAGAAGCUUGUCUUUAAGGCUCAGCAGAGUAAUAAUGAGAAACUGCUAGAGAAUCCAUACCUGCAGAUGUGUGGUAUACUCCAGCUAUCAAACGAGCUUUAAACUAAGGGCGCUCGCAAGUCUCCAGUUAUACAUGGCUUCUGUAAGUUCCUCGGUUUAAAAUAAAAUCUUAGAGAGUUACUUUAGCACCACCCUGCCGCUAAAAAGAAGAAAAUUGAGUGAAAGUAAAAGACAUUUCAUAGAUACUGGACUCGUCGGUGAAGGAAGCAAGUGGGAAUUGCAAGUGAAAUCAGAUUAUGGCUUCUAUAUGUGGCAGAUAGUUUGGUGAGUUUAUCUGACAUCACUUUGGCUGAGACUGGUUUUGGUUAAGAUCUGAAGAAAGCUGUUUUGGCUGAACAGAGAUCAACUGGAAUGUGAUCAAAUGAUUCAUCUGCCUUCUCCUUUUUCUGCGGGAAUGGCGAACCUACAGAGACACUGAGCUCUGAUAACUGCAGCCAUGUCAUUUUUGGCCUAACAAACUGAAGGUUUUUUUUCUUCUCUUAUCUUCUUGUCUGUAAAAUUAACAAAAUCAUGAACAGAGGCUGCAGCUCCAGAAAUUUUUGUUUUCUUGGAGCUCUGCUUUUGUAUAGCCAGGAACAAAACCAGUUAGGUGAUUGUGUUGUGUAGAGAACUAGAGAUAGAUAGGCUUAUUGGCCGCCUUUUGGGUGUCGAAUGUUUUGCCUUUAAUAUUAUUAUGUGAAAAAUGUGAACCUAAGCAGUGCUUUUUGUAAUUUUUAUGAUUUUUGGCUGCCAUUAUUUCGUUAAGAGAUCUAUAGAAACUAACCAUGUUUAUGCUUUUUUUUUUCCCAAAUUGAAAUUCAUUCAUAAGCGAACCGCAAUUGUUUAAUACAUAAGUUGGCGGAUACAAAAUCUCCAGAGACAAUAGCCCAAAGAACAUGCAGCUAAAACCCACACCGGGGCACUUUUCGAACAUAACCUUAACAAAGCAAGGAAACUAAACCAUUCCUACCAUUCACUAGGACUCAAUAAACUAAAAAUAGUAACACUAGAACAUACGACAAACCAGUGCAAUAGACUUCCCAAGUAGCAAGUAAGAAUGAUCUGGAUAAAUCGAAGCUGCCCUCGGCACGCCAUACAAAACAAUCCACUUGUAGAACCCGAAGACACCGAUGCGCCUUCUCAAACCCGGAUCUAUCGCUGCCGCCUAUGGCCGGCCUAACGAUACCAUCCCCACUCAAAACCAAGAAACAAGGCUUCACAACCCGACAAGACAGAUCGCUUCACGAUCCUCAAAACUUUCGGAUACGUCUUGACCGCACUCUCUGACGUCCCCUUAACACCUAGAUAGAAGCCCACCAUAAACCUUCACACAAACAAGCCUCGACGAUCGAACCCCAAAACAAAUACAAACAUUAACCACCAAACCGAGGAGAGAUCACUGCUACCGCCACAAUAAGAGAAGAAAACUGCAACUGAAACUGUCAAACACUACGCAGAGAGUCUGAGGCAACACUACAGCAAGCAUACCACAAAACUACAAUCUAAAUUACGAUAUCAAGACAUAAGCAAGAGGAUCGAAAAGGUACACCAAAGCCUUGAUACACCAGCACCAACUAGGAAAGCCCUUGUAGCCAUAGACGACAACCCGAGACAAAACCAGAGGCACACACACGAGAAACAAAACCAGACACUUUCACCACGGUCACAUCCGACUUCAACCCUCGCCUCCAAAGUUACAAGAACCCGGAGCACUCCUGAUUACGGUGCGCAAGUACCAGAAUCUCUCCGACCUGAAGAGACCCUAAAUAGCUACCACCAUAACCGAAACAAGCACAAAGCCACAGAUCCGGAGCAGCAGAGCACCACCGAACCAGCCUUGACACGAACCCUCGCUAUCUCCCCACGACGGCAGAGAUCAGGAGGGUUCCAAAAAGGAAAAAAAGAGCCGCUCGAUAAACCCUAAAAUCCGACUCAGAACCGCCCCACCUCGCCCAGCCCUCCACCAAGUGUAGACUCCUCGCGACUGGAGCUUCCACCGGAGACGCGAGCUCCGACCUAGAAGAACGCACAUAUCGGAAGGGGAGAGGAAGAAGCGAUGGAGAGCAAAAAGAGAAAAUCAGGAAAGGAAGAAAGAGCCCGCCGGCCGGAGCACGCGCGCGUACGCGCGGCCGUACGCCGGAGGGAUAGCACAGGCGGUUGGUUUGGAAACGAAAGGGUUGGGGAGUUUUGACCAUGUUUAUGCUUUGUCUGUACAAAAAGCCUUUUAUGAUUUGUCUGUACAAAAAGCCUGAACCUUCAGCUUCAAGCUAUUGAAGAGAUCCCUAAACACCAAAACAAAAGUCUGACACAUCUGUUCCAGAAUUGAGAUUUUUUACCAUUUGAAAAUUGAAAUUGAAUAACAGUUCUGUAGCGUGCGCAUAUGUAGAGCAACCAUGCGUUCCUACAAAACGCUGCGCAGCUUCCGCAAUUGAUAAUUAAGUUUGUAAGCCUGGCCCAUUUUAAUUAAUUAAUUCAGGCUGAAACCAAAUGUCACAUAACUAAAAUAGCCCCGGUCGGGUUAUCUCGUGAAAAGUAAUUUACUUACCAAUUCAAUCCAUAAAGUAAUUGUGAAAAUUAAGUAAUGGGCCAGGCUUAUCUCGUGAAAAGUAAGUAAAGAAACCCUCAGACAUCAUUGAGACCCUGAGAGGGAUCCAAUACUUGUUCUGUUCUGCACUUCAAGUUCCCGAAGAUCUGAUCCGUCUCCACCGAUUCCGUCCUGAUAAAACGAAGGUUUUCUCUGGGUGUGGUGGUCCUUUGAAUCCGUCUCUUGUCGGAUUGUGUCACGUUUUGGGUUAUUGAUGCUUUGAGUCUCAACUUCUUCUACUAUAAUCAUUUGUUUAAUACUACUAUUGAAUUUGUACAGAUGAUUGAUGAUAAAGACUUGGGGUUUAUAGUCAACUUCCUUGGCAUCUUCAUCUUCGCACUGGUAAUUGCUUAUCAUUACGUAGCUGCUGAUCCCAAGUUCGAAGCCACUUGAGUUAUGUACUUUUAGCUGAUAUAAGUCCCUUUUUCUUUACUUUAUAAUAACAGUCUUUGUUGAGAUGAAUAUGUUGUCAAGAUGUUUGUAAGCUGUUUCACAUCUUCAUUUCGUCACCUAUAUUUAGCUGA